GUGAUGGACAACACUUUGUAAUACCGUUCAAUGACGUGAAUCAUUGGGCUUUGACUGUUGUCAAACCUAAUGAAGAGGUAUAGUAGUGUACUACAUGGACCCCCUUAAACGGCGUAUAGAUAGUCAGGAGUGGACUGAAGUGGUUGAUAAUGCUAUAGUUUUGUACAAGAGUACCAUGAACACACCUAUGUUGAAGAAGAAAGUGUCCUGGGAGAACAUGGCGGGCAUCCCGAUGCAAAAAGGGAGUGUAGACUGUGGCUUGUUUGUAAUGCGAUACAUGAAAGAGAUCUGUCAGGAUAAGGAGGUUCAAUUUGCUUCAAAGUGGGCGCGUCGGGGAAAUCUGGAAUACACCGAGGAUGACAUCAAUCAAAGAAAAGUUGAAUUUGCGAAAUAUACCACAAAAAAGAACAGUUCUCUAAUGCUAAUGUUUUCAGUGGUGUUACAAGCAGCUGUCUAAUAACAAUUUCGACUACUGUCCCAAAAUAUUGUUUGAAUGGGUGGUACGACAACGAUCCAAAACAGUAUUGUUUAUAGAUGUCGUACAACUAAAACAAAUAGUUAUUUAAGAUAAGACCAAAAUAAUAGUCUGAACAUUAUGCAUACAACCCAACGUAAUAGUUGUAUGAAGCAAAUACUUAUAGUGGUCUUCCGAGCAGCUGUCUAGUAGCAGAUUCAACUACUGUUUGGAAGUAUAGUGUCAAUGUUUAAAGGACAACGAACAUAAACUGGAGUGUUAAUAGACGGCAUACAACCAAAAAAAAAGUUGUUUAAGGUAAGACCAAAGUAAUAGUCUCAACGUUGUACAUACAACAGAAGGUAGCAGAGGUUUGAUGGAAUUACUUAUAGCAGUCUUCCGAGCAGCUGUCUAAUAGAACAUUAGACUACACCUGGAAAGCAUAGUUAGCCUUUAAACUACGCCAGUUUUUUCUUUGAGAUGUGGUACCUUUGAAUGGUAACUAUUUAGUUUCAUACAUUUGGAAGUGUCGGUUAUUUUCAUACUGUCCUAAGCUUAAAGACAUUUUAAUUUAAUUCAUAGACGAAUAACAAAAUUCACCACACAUACUUCAGGGUUUGUUUUAGAUUUUUAUGAAAGAGCACUUUAAAAAGAGCACAUAAAUAAAAAGCACUUCCAGAUUAUCUAACACAUAAAUUGAUUUCAAACACUUUCAAACAACACCAGGAUUUCAACCAUUUGCAUAAUGGAUUUCAAGCACUAUCAAAGACGCCCUUAUUAUGAGGCAAUGAUUUAACACAGAAAUGGAGUGCAAAGACUUCCGAAACAACACAUAAUAAACAUCUGAAAACUAAGCUGCAGAAUAGGAAGCAAAAACACAUCAAACCUAAACCUCUAUGGUUUCAAUGAAUGGAUUGAAUUAAAAUUACCUCAAGAAUGAUGUUCCAAGGUCUUGCAGGUUGACGCGUUCCUAUAUAUGUAAAAUGAUCGUUUAGUUGCAAUAAUAGAAACAAAGAACAAAGACAUAAACAAGGCAAAUAACUCAUAUAAUCAAACCUAGGAGGAAACCUGGAGAUGGUGCCUCAUCCCAUAUCCCAAAAAUUGAAAAAACAAAUAGUGGUUGUUCGA